GGGGACAUGAAGUGACAGUUCACACCCAUCAGUCUCACACAGGACUCACAAUCAACAGGGAGAGCAUACAUAGAGAGAGACCUGUGGACACAGACAAGGUGACCAGAGAGAGAGGUGAAAGAGGACAGACCCUGGUGUUGUGGUUGAUUCAUCGAGGCAGUGGAGGCAGGAUGUGGGUCCUUAUCUGCACAUCUCUACUAUUCUCUCUCACAGAGAGAGCAACAUGUCAAAAUAAGGCCCAUCCAGCAGCAGCUCCAGCAGCUGCAAACACAUACAGCAUCACCUUUAGCCCAGAAAAAAUAACAGCACAGACUGGCCUAUGUGCUGUUAUUUCAUGUACUUUCACUCACCCUGCUAACGUCAAGCCUACCACAGCAAUAUGGUACAAAUGCCCUUCAAAAGGCAAAUGUGUUCAGCAUAGAAACAUAAUUUUCCACUCCAAAGAUCCCUCUAAGGCUCAGGAGGGUUAUAAACAGAGAGUGUCUCUUCUGGAGACAGACCUGACAAAGGGGAACUGUAGUGUGAUCAUCAACGACAUAAGAGAAAAGGACACUGGAAUGUAUCAAUUCAGAAUGUUAGAAGGACCAUUUACAUACCCACGGAAAAUGAAAAUCACAGUGACAGUUCUGACCCAGAAGCCAUCAGUGUUGACUCCUCCUCUGACAGAGGGUGAACCAGCCACUCUGACCUACACAGCCCCGGGGACCUGCUCUGGAACUCCUCCUAACAUCACAUGGACAUGGAGAGGGACAGGGGACAACAUCACUGAGCUCCGAGACAACAGCACCAUACAGGAGAAAGAGGACCUGACCAGCAUCACAACAUCCCACUUCUCAGAUUUGACCUUUACCCCCUCAACUAAGCAUCACGGCACCAAGGUCACAUGUCUGGUGACAUUCAAUGGCAGCGUCACCACUAAGAAGACACUGAAAUUGAAUGUGACAUAUGUGAAGGAACCCAAGAUCUCUGGUUGUAACACAGUGAGAGAGGGUGAUACCCUGAAUCUGACCUGCAGUGUUGACAGCUACCCACCAUCAUCAUCUAACAUCACCUGGAGUAAGAAUGGGACAACCGCUUUGGAACAGAAUAGCUCUGGACUGGCCACUCUCACCAUCUCUAACAUGACAAGAGAGCAUGCUGGGGAGUAUGUGUGUACAGCUCAACACCACAACAGGACUCUGACAGCUUCCACUGUUGUCACUGUGAUGUACCGUCCCGUGAUUCUUGCUGGCUCUGGGUGUGUGGUCCAGGCAGAGGUCAUGACCUGUGUGUGUGUCACUCAGGGAGUUCCCUUACCCCUCAUAAGAUGGCUUGACACCAAUGAGUACAGUUUUACUACAUCAGUGUUGAUGUUCUUAGUGAACAGCACCAUCAGCCUGCCUGUCAGAAACCACACCAACACCACUGUGGAGUGUGUCAGCAGAAAUGAAGUGGGCAGAGUGAGAGAGAAGCUGCAAGUCACCCAAAAAGAAAAACAAGAAAAGCAAGGAGAGGGAGUAUUUAAAGACAUCCUGGCUAUGCUGUCGGACCUAAAACUGAUUACUGCAUUUGUGAUUGGUGCAGCCUUCUCAGCCACCAUCUGUUGUAUCUUCCUGUGUUUGACAGGGAAAUGUAAAAGACGCAAAGAGAGGAUCCCAAAGGACUCAGACUCCAAAAGCCCUUUCAUGAACCUGGAGAUGGUGGCAUGUGAAGACCAACAGACGGAUACAGGACAGGCUGUGGGGGGCGAGCAGACCCCUCUGCAGGUGGAGCUGAGGGAGGGAGCUGAAAAUGGAGGGCCCCAGACCAGUGGAGAGGCGGGAAAAUCUGCCACAAGGGAAGAACCAGAUGAAGUGGAUUACGCCAGUAUCAACUACUCCCUGCUGAAGAAGAAGACUCCUGAGGAGGCAGCGAAGAAGAACACCACCACAGAGUCAGAGUACGCCGAAAUCAAACAAGAGAAGAAGAAUGAGGGGCAAGAAGAUGGUGGAGAGGGGAGUGGAGUGAUGGAGGAGGAGGAGGAGGAGGAGAUAGAAGGGGAGGAAGGGGAGGAGAUGAUGGGAAGGAUGAGUAGCAAGAGGACGGUAAGCCAGUAGGAGAGACAGAUGAGGAUACAUUGCUUUACUCCAACGUCAAGGCUAUUAUGGGUGGAGAGUGACACAGCAAUUUUGGCUAGAAAAAAUGGGGCAUAGCAUACAGUACUAUGGCUUCUAUUAUACAGCCAUGUGGUGUUUUAUCAUAUUCCAGAUUGAAUGUUUUAUGAUGAUACAGAGACUUUGUUUAACUGAAACUACUGUAGUUAAUAGUUUUGGUAAUUCUUUCUUUUUCAGCCCUGUGUCAGCCGGUAUCUACCUGGUGGUUGUAAAUGUUUAUUACAAUUUGUUGCUAGUUGCACAUAGAUAACAAGUAUUUGCAAUGGAAGUUUAUGUAAAAUGAUUCCGUAUUUGUGUCACUAUGGGGAAGGACUGACUAAGAUAUGGUUUGGAGAAGUAGAGGUCAAACCAUUUCUCAUUUUUCUCCUCUGUCCUUUCAUGUUUUUGCAUUUUGAUUUAACCCUAACCCUAUAUAUUGAGGCACUACCUUACUUUUGAUGAUUGUGUGUAUUUUAGUUGUUUGUUAUAUGAAAUUUGUUCAAAGAAUUUGUAAAUUAUGUUUGUUUUUUUAAAUAUAUGUUUUAACUAUCUUGUAGCAUGAUGUUCUACAGUACCCCAAAUGCUCUGUAUCAAUAUACGGUUUUAUCUUGGUAAAGACCUU